AUGUCUGGCUUUAAUUUUGAAGAUCAUACAGACAUCAACACUGAAGAUUUGAACACAGAUUUAUCGUCUGUUUAUGAACCUAGAUGGAAACGAAAACAGAAACAACGUCCUCAAUCCGCUACCAUAGACCAAGUAAUGGCUGAUGUCAUGGGCUCUUCGACAGCAACCUGUAAUAGCAUGAUCAGCAGUUGCUCAUCUUCUUCGGGACCCAAUAAUUCUCUGGAUCAAAGAUUUAUACCAUCCAGAAGGACCUCUCAAGAUAUGGAUAUUUGUAAAUUUAAUUUAAUGAAUAAUUAUAUGGAGGAUGAUGAUAGUAGUAAUAUUAUUGGUAGCAGUGGCAGUGUUAGCUCCUUAGAAUCAGCAUCCUCCUCUUCCGACAAGGAAAAUAUGCACAACAAAAUUCUAGAGCAGCGUCUAUUUGAUGGUAAAAAGGUGAAAGACGCCAAGAUUUUAGCCUUGACCGAGAAGGCACCAAAAGCACCCUCAGACUGGCACAAUAAUUUACGUGUUCUUUAUUCUCAAAACAAAAUAUUUCCUGGCAAUGGUGUCUCUCAAAACAAUAAUUCGAGAAAGCAAGUGACGUCAAGACAUAUUCCUCAAACUCCAGAGAAAGUACUUGACGCUCCGCAAAUGAUUGACGAUUAUUAUUUAAAUUUAUUGGACUGGAAUGCAAAUAAUGUACUAGCCGUAUCUCUUUGUGAAAGUGUGUAUUUAUGGAAUGGUGAAACUGGAGAAAUUAACAAAUUGAUGUCUUGUUCUCAGCAAGACAACUAUGUCACUAGUGUUUCAUGGGUAGAAGAUGGAACGUAUUUAGCAAUAGGUACCAACUACAAUGAUGUACAAAUAUGGGAUGUCACAAGAAGCAAACAAAUAAGAACUAUGAAAGGUCAUACCCAGAGAGUAUGCUCAUUGUCUUGGAACACAUUCAUCUUGUCAAGUGGAGGAAAGGAUGGCAAAAUACUUAAUCACGAUGUAAGGCAAGCAAAACAUUUAAUUACCACUCAGAGUAUUCAUCAAGAUUUUGAAGUUUGUGGAUUGAAAUGGUCGCAUGAUGGUAAUCAACUUGCUUCUGGCGCCAAUGACAAUAUUCUCAAUAUUUGGGACAAGUCUCUCUUGUUGACACAAAGUGAAAUAAUGCCUAAAUUCUCGCUUAGAGAACAUGUUGCUGCUGUUAAAGCUUUGGCUUGGUGUCCUUGGCAAGCCAAUCUUUUAGCUUCUGGAGGAGGCACAAGCGAUAGAAAGAUGAUGUUUUGGAACACCCAAACAGGUACCUUACUUAACACGAUAGAUACUAAUUCUCAAGUUUGUUCCUUGAUUUGGUCCAAAAGUGAUCGUGAGAUUAUUUCUUCACACGGAUUUUCUCAAAACCAGCUCUGUGUUUGGAAGUAUCCAUCGCUGGUAAAAGUAGCUGAAUUAACUGGACACAAGAGCAGAGUUCUUCAUAUGGCUCAAAGUCCUGAUGGAACAACAAUUGUUAGCGCUGCAGGAGAUGAAACAUUGAGAUUUUGGAAAGUUUUCAGUCCUAUCAUACAUGCUGAUAAAUUGACUCCAUCUGAGCAUCAAUCUGUUUUAGCAACAGCACCCAGAAACAUGCGAAGCAUUAGAUGA